GCCACGAGGUUGUUGUCAUUUGGGGCAGAGAGAAGCCCAGGAAAGCUUGGUUUCCAAACGUCACAGGAAGUUCCUCCCCUUGUUUUCUUCCUUUUUGUCCAGGCUGGAGCCUUUAACUUGGGAAACAGCCAGCGUGACGCGUCAGUGUCCAACGGGGUGGGAGGAAGAGCCACGCUCUCCGUGGAUGCAGUCUUGUGGUGUAGACACGCUGGUCUGCGGUCACUACAGUGCUGCGUGCUCCAACCCUGCUGCCUCUGCCUGGCUCUCCUUCCCCUUCCUCAGUCUGGGGUACAGUGAAGCUUCUCGUGGAGGAAAGCAAUGGAUCCCUGUUGAUCUUAGGCCAGCAGACUCCCACCCACCUAGAGACACACCACCUAAUCUCCUGGGCACUCACACUGACUCUAUCAACUUUGAUCUUCGCUGUGCUCUGAACUUGGGAGCAGACUCCACUGGCCUUUGUCCCUGGGACAGAAGGAUCUGAACCUCAGUCCCAAUUCAAGUUUGGGGGAUUGCCAGCCUGAACCCUCACUCUCUGAAGAGGACAAACUUACCUCCUGCCACAGGAGCCCCUGCCCCCCCACUCAGGAGCCCCUGCCCCAGCAUAGGCACAGCACUGCAGCCAUGAUGGAAGAAGACGAUGUAGAAGUAUGGCAACAAGUGUUCCAGGAGCUGAUGCAGGAGGUGAAGCCAUGGCACAAAUGGACCCUCAAGCCAGACAAGGACCUCCUUCCUGAUGUCCUGAAGCCAGGGUGGACGCAAUACCAGCAAAAGACCUUUGCCAGGUUCCACUGUUCCUCCUGCGCUCGCAGCUGGGCCUCUGGCUGCGUCCUGAUGGUCUUCCACAUGCACUGGUGUGAGAAGAAGAGCAAGGGCGAGGUGAAGAUGAGGGCCUUUGCUCAGAGAUGUAACAAGUGCCCUGAGCCUCCAUUUGCAGCUCCGGAGUUCACCUGGGACAACAUCUCAAGGAUCUUGAACAAUUUGCUCUUCAGAAUUCUGAAGAAGUGCUACAGAGAAGGGAUUGAGCAGACGGGUGAGAUCCCUUUGCUUGGAGACACCAGUCUCGAAGGACCACACGACAGCAACAACUGUGAGGCGUGUCUGCAGGGCUUUUGUGCUCAGAGAGGCGUAGGCCCAGCCUCAAAACCACCAGCGGGCUCAUUAUCUCCCAGCUCCUCUAAGUCAACCAGGGAGCCCAAGGUCACUGCCUCUGGCAGCAAUGUUCCCUGCUCACAGCCCUCCUCUAAGGUGGCAAAGCCCCAAACAUCAAAAGUGGACCCCAAAGUCAGUGACCCUACUAAAGCUGCCCCCAAGGUCAGCCACACCUCAAACCCAUCAACUACAAUAUUGACAACCCAGCAGUUGUCACCAGUAAGCUCACCUACCCCUAGAGGUGUCACUCAAAUGCCUUCUCCCAUCAAGAGCAGCAGAACAGCAGACUUGGGAAGCAAGACCCAAAAGGCAUCGUCCCGGUCCUCCUCAUUUGUCCCAUCCCCUUACUCCUAUGCCCCACCCACUUACUCCUAUGUCCUACCCCCUUCCUCCUCCUAUGUCCCACCCCCUUCCUCCUCCUAUGUCCCACCCCCUUCCUCCUCCUAUGUCCCACCCCCUUCCGCCUCCUAUGUCCCACCCACUUCCUCCUCCUAUGUCCCGCCCACUCCCUCGUUUGUUGGGUCCACUGUCUCCUCAUAUGUUGCACCUGCUCCCUCACGUGUGGUGGCCAAUUCUUGGAGACCACCAACACAGUCUACUUACCAGAUAGAGAGAAGCAGCCAUAUCCACUCAUCAAGCGAGUCUUCCCGCUGCGGGGCUUGCUGCGAGGGCUUCUGCAGGUGCUGCGGGGCUUGCUGCGAGGACUUCUGCGGGGCCUGCUGCGAGGGCUUCUGUGAGUGCAUGUCACACAGACCAUGUCAGCGUUUGGCCUUCCUAAUCGUUGUUGCUGUUGUUGUGACACUUUACAUAAAAUAUGGUAUGUAAGUCUUGAAAAAAGAAUGCUGAGUGGAAAACGAAAUUACAACAUCCCCAAAAAGUCACACAUUGUAUGAUCCUUUAUAUGAAAUGUCAAUAAAAUCAGUGGAGUUCAGGGUGACUACCAGGACUGGAGAAAGGGAAAUAUAAAGCCUCUGUUUAACCACUGUGGAUUUUGUGGGGAAAAGGGUGAUGAAAAUGUUUGGGAAUUUGAUGGAGAUGAUAAUGGUCUCUCAACACUGUCAGUGCACUAAAAGCCACUGAGUUUUUCAUCUUA